CGAAGUGUUCUUUACACAACCCAAUAUUCUAUGUUGGGAUUUGUCCGCUGAACAAUUGAAUUUUGUAUUUUCGGAAAGUCUAAAGAUUUAUAGAGUCGACGCAUGGCUUCGAUUAUAUUACGCCGAACCAAUUUUUACGCCAGUAGACUCUUUUUAACAGCGGCUGCAGCUCUGAGUGUAGCUCCAAAGAUACUUACGGCCGAGUUCUGCAGUACUGGAAAGUGCAAUGAUGAAGUUGAGAAAGCCAAACUCGCCUCCGUGGCGGCAGAGAAAUAUCAGCCCCAAGACACAAUUUUCGGCAAGAUCUUGCGAAAAGAAAUUCCAGCUGAUAUAAUUUAUGAAGACGAUAAGGCUAUUGCUUUCCGUGAUGUCAAUCCUGUGGCACCCACACAUGUUUUGGUGAUUCCACGUAAACCUAUAACACAACUAGCGGCAAGCACUGAAGAAGACAUUCCUCUUUUAGGUCAUUUGCUGUGGGUAGCAAAGAAAGUUGCUGAGCAAGAAAACCUGAAAGAUAGUGGAUAUAGGAUUGUGAUCAAUAAUGGACGUGAUGGUGCUCAAUCAGUGUAUCAUCUUCAUAUUCAUGUUAUUGGUGGACGACAAAUGUCCUGGCCACCUGGCUGAUUGAGGCAUUGAAUCUACAAAACCUCAGGGAGACACAUCCAUCACCUUUAAUAUAGUAAAAUUUGUGAUUGCUAUAGAUUAGUUUAUACCACAAAAGUAAAUAGUACUUUUCAUGCAUGUUGAUUAUCUAGCUUGGAAGUGAUUAGCCAGUUACAAUUCACCUCUGAGCAGCCCAGUUGAAACAAAAUGGCUUCACUGCACGUUAUAGGUGCAUGAAUGGAACUAAUUUUAGUAAGAAAAGCAGGUUCUACAAAAAUUACAUAACUUGGCAGCAAAGAUUGGUUUUAUGACACUAAGUUGAUGGUAAUGACAUCUUUCCAACUUUGUAUUCCGAAACAAAAAUAAAAUCUUUUUUGAAUUGUUGGUUACCAUGUAAGUAAAAGAUGAAACAUGUAAUGUUUUGCUGCAUUUUCAAACAAGUGAAAACAGCAAUUGAAGAAAUAGCAUCCGGAAAGAUAUGUAUGAGUAUCAAGAAGUUGCAGUUAUCUGUUGAAAAGAAAGAUGGGAUUAUUUCCGUAAGAAAAUGCUUACCAUACAUUUUUGCCAUUUUGAUUUCUCCACCUUACGUCAGUUUACUAACUAUUCAACUUGUGUGGUAUUUCCAAAAAAACCUAUUCAUCUCAGUGUUGGUUUAAGUGGUAUACCCUUUUCUCAACUUUGGUGAAUAAUUGUUCCAAAAUCAUCCAGUCUUUGACACAAUAAAAGCUGUCCAUGAAAAGAGUAUUUUUCAAAUACAGAUGAUAAACUUUUUCAUAUCAAAUUUUUAAGGUCCACAGUAAAUUGUGCACAUUUGAAAGCUAUGGAAAAAUAUUAUUAAACCACAAAUUUCAUCUCAGGAUUUCUCUCCAGUAGGGAACUGUUCAAUUUUAUUUCAACCCUGCAAAGAGGGGUUAGAAAAUUAUUAGUUGGAGUUUCAUAAGUCAAAGAGAAAUAAAGACUAUUUUUGGUCCCUUCUCAAUUUCA